GCGCUCCGGGGACCUACCCAGGACCAGCCGAUCAGCCAAGCAGCCAGCCGCUGCGGCCACCCACCGCCAGAGGCGACUUGCCGGCCAGCACGGGACAGGACGCGCCAGGACAGGCGAGCGCAAGGCAGAAGGGAGCUGCACCCCGUUUGGCUGCGCCCCGACAUCCCUCCGAUCCGAGCUCUGGGGCCGGGAGCCCCCCAGCUCCGGGUCCAAAGUUCUGGGAGCAGCAGCCGCACUUCCUCCAGGUGAACUAUGACCACUUUACUUCUGCUCUUGGCCACCCUGAGGGUCGCUGCCACCACCGAGACCAUGCAAGCACCAGCCCCUGACAACUCCCUGAGCGUCAGCAUCCCCGAGCCGUCCCCUCUGCAGGCUCCGCUGGGCAGUACCAUCACCAUCCCCUGUUACUUCAUUGACCCUGUGCUUCCCGUCACUACUGCACCUGCCACUGCCCCACUCAGCCCAAGGAUCAAGUGGAGCCGCGUAGCCAAGGACAGCGAGGUGGUGCUGCUCGUGGCCACAGAGGGGCAGGUGCGGGUCAGCAGCGCCUACCAGGACCGGGCGUCCCUCCCCAACUAUCCGGCCAUCCCCAGCGACGUCACUUUGGAGCUGCAGCAGCUCCGCACCAAUGACUCGGGUGUCUACCGCUGCGAGGUGGUCCACGGCAUUGAGGACAGUCGGGCUACGCUGGAAGUGCUGGUGAAAGGCAUCGUGUUCCACUAUAGAGCCAUCUCCACCCGAUACACUCUUGACUUCGACCGUGCGCAGCGAGCCUGCUUGCAGAACAGUGCCAUCAUUGCCAGCCCUGAGCAGCUGCAGGCUGCGUACGAGGACGGAUUCCACCAGUGCGAUGCUGGCUGGCUGGCUGACCAGACAGUACGGUACCCCAUCCACACCCCACGGGAAGGCUGCUAUGGAGACAAGGACGAGUUCCCGGGCGUGAGAACCUACGGGAUCCGCGACACCAACGAGACCUAUGAUGUCUACUGCUUUGCCGAGGACAUGGAGGGCGAGGUCUUCUAUGCCACAUCCCCGGACAAGUUCACUUUCCAGGAGGCUGCCUCUGAGUGCCAGAGGCUGGGUGCCCGGCUGGCCACCACGGGCCAGCUCUACCUGGCCUGGCAGGCGGGCAUGGACCAGUGCAGUGCUGGCUGGCUAGCCGACCGCAGCGUGCGCUACCCGAUUUCCAAGGCGAGGCCCAACUGCGGCGGGAACACGCUGGGCGUGAGGACAGUGUACUUGCACGACAAUCAGACCGGCUACCCCGAGCCCUGGUCCCGCUAUGACGCCAUCUGCUACACAGGAGAAGACUUCGUGGACAUCCCAGAAAAUUUCUUUGGGGCAGGCGGUGAGGACAUUACCAUCCACACAGUCACCUGGCCCGAUCUGGAGCUGCCACUGGCCCCACGGAACAUCACCGAGGGUGAGGCUCGGGGCAACGUGAUCCUCACAGCCAAGCCCAUCUUCGAAGCCCAGUCUACGAUGCCCGGGUCAGAAGAUGCCUUCACCUUUAUCCCACCCGACUUUCACGGGAGCGAGACGGAAACCAGGGAGACCCCUGCGCCCUGGGACCAUGCCGAGGAGCCCACGCCUCGUCCUGGCUCCAUCACCUCCUUCACCAGCCAGGACCUGGUGGUGCAGGUGACCGCAGCACCGGGAGCCAUGGAAGUACCAGGGCAGCCGCGACUGACCACAGGGGUCGUGUUUCACUACCGCCCGGGCUCCACCCGCUACUCGCUGACCUUCGAGGAGGCGCAGCAGGCCUGCCUGAGCACCGGGGCUGUCAUGGCCUCUCCGGAGCAGCUGCAGGCAGCCUACGAGGCUGGCUACGAACAGUGUGACGCGGGCUGGCUGCAGGAUCAGACUGUCAGGUACCCCAUUGUGAGUCCCCGGACCCCCUGUGUCGGGGACAAGGACAGCAGCCCAGGGGUGCGGACCUAUGGCGUGCGCCCCACGUCCGAGACGUACGACGUUUACUGCUACGUGGACCGGCUGGAGGGGGAAGUUUUCUUCACCACUCGCCCGGAGCUGUUCACCUUCCAGGAGGCGCUGGACGCGUGUGCGGGCCACCAGGCCACACUGGCCACCACGGGCCAGCUGUACGCCGCCUGGAGCCGUGGCCUGGACAAGUGCCAUGCGGGCUGGCUGGCAGACGGCGCCCUGCGCUACCCCAUCGUGACCCCGCGGCCGUCCUGUGGUGGGGACAGGCCGGGUGUACGCACUGUGUACCUACACAACAACCAGACGGGCCUCCCUGACCCACUCUCCCGGCACCACGCCUUCUGCUUCCGAGGUACGACGGCAACGGCCAGCCCAGGAGAAAGAAGGGACACCCCUCCGCCACCCCCGGCCCAGGAGGACCUGCUGAUGACUCAAGUGGCCCCUGGCGUGGCCGCACGCCCCCCGGGGGAGACAGUGACCAUCACCCCAGAGCCCGACACCCCGACGGAGUGGGAGUCUGUCUACACCCCCUCCAGUCUGUCCCCACAGCCAGGGCUCGCUCCCAUGUGGCCUCCCACAGACAUGGACACAAAGGAGAGCACUGAAGGCCCGUCUGUGUCCCCCGGACCCUCUGAGAAGCCGUCGACUCUAUUCCCUCUGGGGCCCAGUGGGACCCAGCAGCCAGGCACUGAGGAAACAUCUGGGGACCUCGUAGGCAGUGGAGAUGCUUCCGGCUACCUGGACUCCAAGGGGCAGCCCUCAGGAGGGAGUGGACUGUCUUCAGGAGACCUGAGUCCCACCGUCCCCCCUGCUGGGGGUUCAGGCCUGCCCGAGGAAAGUGGGUCAGCCUCUGGGGAUGGAGACAGAAUUGUGGGGUCCAGUGUUCCUGACACUGGAAUGUUUCCCUCAGGGGGCAAGGAUAGAGAGCCUCCUGCCUCUGGGGGAAGGGAGCCCAGUGGACUUCCUUCUGGAGAACUUCCAGAAGUUUCUGCCUCUGGAGGACAGGAAUUCAGCGGACUUCCUUCUGGAGAAGUUCCAGAUGUUUCUGCCUCUGGAGGACAAGAAUUCAGUGAACUUCCUUCUGGAGAAGUUCCAGAUGUUUCUGCCUCUGGAGGACAGGAGUUCAGUGGUUUUCCUUCUGGAGAAGUUCCAGAAGUUUCCACCUCUGGGGGAGAAGAGCUCAGCAGACUUCCUUCUGGAGAAGUUCCAGAAGUUUCCGCCUCUGGAGGACAGGAGUUUAGCGAACUUCCUUCUGGAGAAAUUCCAGAUGUUUCUACCUCUGGGGGAGAGGAACUCAGUGGAAUUCCUUCUAAAGAAUUUCCAGAAGUUUCUCUCUCUGGAGGAGGGGAGCUCAGCGGACUUCCUUCUGGAGACGUUCCAGAAGUCUCUGCCUCUGGAGGACAGGAUCUCAGUGGAAUUCCUUCUGGAGAAAUUCCAGAAGUUUUUCUCUCUGGAGGAGGGGAACUCAGCAGACUGCCUUCUGGAGAAGUUCCAGAAGUGUCCGCCUCUGGAGGAGAGGAGCUCAGUAGAAUUCCUUCGAAAGAAUUUCCAGAAGUUUCUCUCUCUGGAGGAGGAGAGCUCAGUGGACUUGCUUCUGGAGAAGUUCCAGAAGUUUCUGCUUCUGGAAAGGAGAGCCUGGAAAUGUCUGCAUCUGGGCUUGAGGAACUCAGCGGGCUGUCCUCAGGGAAGGGAGACUUUGGGGGCUUGGGCAGGCUGCCCCCGGGACUCAGAGGUGAGUAUUCUGGGGUAGAGCCUGGGAGCGGCAUGUCCUCCGGCCUGCCUGAGAUCAGCGGCCUUCCUUCAGGGAUUCCCACAGUCUCCCUGGUGGACUCCACACUGGUUGAGGUGUUCACAGCCACCACGGCAGCUGAGCUGGAGGGCCGGGGGACCCUGGGGGUCAGUGGUGCCGGUCACGUCUCGGGGUUCCCAUGGGCAGAGGAGCAGGAUGUUAGUGGGGAGGGGAGCGGAUCCUCUUCUGGUUUGGUGAUGAUGUUGGGGAUUCCUCUGGAAACAUCUGGAAUGCCCGAUCUCAGCGGAGAAGCUUCUGGAAUUUCUACAGGCAGCACCGAAUCAUCUGGCAUAACUGGCCUGAGUGAGGGCAUAUCGGGGAUCCCCGAUAUCAGCGGGGAUCCUGGGACCCCUUCGGGAGCGGCGAGUGGCAGUGGAGACUCCUUGGGCAUCACCUUUGUGGACACAAGCUUGGUGGAAGUGACCCCAACCACAUUCAAAGAAGAGGAAGGUUUGGGGUCCACGGAGCUCAGUGGCUUCCCAUCGGGGGAGACAGAGCUGGCUAGUGCUUCGGGCACCAUGGAUGGCAGUGGACAAGCUCCUGGCAUCACAGUGCCCUGGGCACCGAGUUCGCAGCCCACAGAACUCCAGGGGCUGCCGAGUAGUGAGACAGAGGCCAGUGGAGACAUCUCUGGGGCUGAGAUGGCCAGUGGGGACCUCUCAGGGCUCCCCAAGAUCUCCCUUGUGAACAGAACUUUGGUGGUUUCUGGGACCCUGGCUCCUACUGCCCAGGAAGCCGAAGGGUCUUCGGGCACCUGGGAACUCAGCGGGGUCUCGUCGGGGUCCUGGGACGUAAGUGGAUUCCAGCCCAGCAGGGCACCCCCAAGUUCCCCACCUUUCAGUGGAGACUUCCCCAGCCCCACAGUAGAUAUCAGCGGGGACAGUUCGGCGGCCACCAGCACCAGUGGGGACACUGAGGGGCUCCCGGAUGUGACGCUCAUCACCUCUGAGUUCCUGGAGGGAGUCACAAGCCCCACGCUACCGCAGGAACUGGGUCAGAGAACCCCUGCAACACACAUUCCCCCUGUACUGGGGUCCAGCGGGGAAGGAUCAGGGUCUGGGGACACGGACAAGAAAACUCUGGAGUCCGAGACAGAAAGCUCGGUGGUGCUGGAAUUCAGCAAAGAGACACUCACUUACCCUUCCUCCCAAACGGGGACAUCAGCCAGCCCCGAGGCCAGUGGAGAACACUCGGGGUCCCUUGAUUUGGGCGAAGCCCCCUCUUCCUUCCCAGAAGCCUACCCGGGGGUAUCCGGGGAGGACUUGGCGGCCUCCGAGGUGAGUGGAGAGACGGUGCUGCCCACGGAAGCCUCCCCCAAGGGUCCUGAAACAUCGGGCUGGAGUCUGGAGCCCCCUACAGCUUCUGGAGACAGGACAGAGGGUUCUAGCUCAGGGCUGGACAUCGUCAUCUCCACACAGGCCUCUGAGUCUGAGUGGGUCCCGCCAAGCCAGCCCCCCGCAGAGGCACUGGAAGAAAUUGAGACAUCCGGAACAGAGCAUUCGGGAGAAGAGACCCAAGCAGCGGCCGCACCUAGCCCGGCUUCUCCAGAAGACACCGAUGACGACGAUGAGGCAGAAACCACCUCUGCAGAUCCCCCCAGGUCCUGUGCCGAGGUUCACUGUGGAGCUGGGACCUGCCAGGAGACAGAGGGACGCGUCGUGUGCCUGUGCCCCGAGGGUCACACCGGUGAGCACUGUGAUGGAGACAUUGAUGAGUGCUUCUCAAAUCCUUGCCGGAAUGGAGCCACCUGCGUGGACGCGCCCGCCGCUUUUACAUGCUUAUGCCUUCCCAGCUACCGAGGGGACCGGUGCGAGACGGAUCAGGACCUGUGUGAUGAGGGCUGGACCAAGUUCCAAGGUCAUUGCUACCGCCAUGUGCCCGAGCGUGCCACAUGGGCAGAUGCCGAGGGCCACUGCCGUGCCCUGGACGCGCAUUUGAGCAGCAUCGUCACCCCCGAGGAGCAGGAGUUCGUCAACAGCAACGCUCAGGACUACCAGUGGAUCGGCCUGAAUGAUCGGACCAUCGAAGGGGAUUUCCGCUGGUCUGACGGGCACUCCUUGCAAUUCGAGAACUGGCGCCCCAACCAGCCUGACAAUUUCUUUGCCACGGGCGAGGACUGCGUGGUUAUGAUCUGGCACGAGAAGGGCGAAUGGAACGAUGUGCCGUGCAACUACCACCUGCCAUUCACCUGCAAAAAGGGCACAGUGGCCUGCGGACAGCCCCCCGCGGUGGAGCACGCCCGGCCUUUGGGACGCCCCAAAGCACGCUACGAGAUCAACACAGUGGAGCGGUACCAGUGUGCCCCAGGCUUCGUACAGCGUCAUGUGCCCACCAUCCGCUGCCAGCCCAGCGGCCAGUGGGAGCAGCCACGGAUCACCUGCACUGACCCUGCCCCCUACAAGCAGAGACGCCAGGAACGCAGCCCUCGGAGGACACUGCCAGGCCAGGCACACUGAACCAGGGCCGUCAGGGAAUACGUCCCAGAGGGAUCAAGCCAGGCCCACCUCGUGUAUGCACCCCUUUCCCAGCGUCCUCCCACUGUUGCCAACACCGCAGCCCGCCCCCACCCCCAUCACACACAA